ACACUGUGGGUGUGUGCUUGUGGAGCAUGGGAUGUAAAGAGGAGGAGGGGAUGCAGGCAGGACCGCAGGUGUGCCCUCUCUUCUCCUCUUUAUGCAGCACAUCAGUUGAUGGUGAGCGGAGGACUUUUCCCCUGAGCGGGUCACGCUUCAUACGUCUCUCUGUGCGUUGUUGAUCCCCCGGGAAACAAACAGGCUCCAGCCUCCUCUGUCUGUGUGACUCGUCUGCCCGCCGAGGGCCUCGUCCUCACCAUGCCUGCGAUAGUGAACCUCCUCUUCAACGUCGUCUCCACCAACACCACCAUCUCCUUCAAAGUGGUGCUGCCCAUGUUCAGCCUGAUCUCUCUCAUGGUGGGUGUCGGUGGUCACCUCCUGCUGUGGUUGGUGCUGGUGAGAAACCCUCGCAGUCGCUCCAAGCCGAGCUCUGUCCUGCUUCUGAACCUCAGUCUGGCGGACCUCGGCGCCCUGCUCACCCUACCCUGCGUCCUCCUCAGUGCCAGUUUUCAGGACUGGCAGCUGGGUGGAGGGACCUGUGUGUUCCUAGGGUUCAUGACAUCAGUGACGGUCGGGGUGGAGAUCUUCAGCUUGGCCGCUUUGUCGGUGCUCAGGUAUCGCAUAGUUGCACCACGGACGAGGCCUCGUUUUAGCCGUGCACAAGUGCUUUGCUCUGUUGUGGUCAUUUGGCUGGUCUCCGUAACCAUGGCAUUACCCAAGGUCACCUACAUCCACUUCAACGUGGGCUGCACGUGGGCGGUGGGCCGAGACGAGUGGCUGUUCUUCCUGGUUCCUGCGUUCCUGGUUUACUACAUGGCUCCUCUGCUCUGCAUCGCCGUCAACUGCGGCCUCAUCAUCUCUCAGCUGCACGGCUGCAGGAGAACUCUAGCAGCUGACAGACGCAACAAGAAAGCCACCGCUCUGCUGAUCGCUUCCACGCUCGUGUUUGCGCUCAGCUGGUUGCCGUAUUAUGCGCUUGAGUUUGUUAAUGUCAUGUCACCUUAUGUCAGCUCUGUAGCUUCUCCUGUCAGCAGAUUAGGGCGUAAGUUGUCUUCAACGUUGUCUCCAUCAUAUUUAUCCGUCACCUCUCCUGAGCAGACUGAGGAGACAAGUGUGUCCUUGCUGUGGGAGGUGGCGUCCCUGUCGGCCAUUUUGUUAGUAUGUCUGGCUCCCUGCUGGAAUCCGCCACUCUACUUUCUGUUGUCACGUCCGGCAGUUCGUCAGCUCCGAGCUCUCCUGCCAGCUUUCUUUCAAAAGCACCUCGGUAAAAAACCUGUGCAGCGCUGGCGUAUCGCUCCUGCUCCUCCCCCUCGCUCGCCACACCCUCAGCCUUCUGCACACUCACUCGCUCACCUCUCACACACAGUUUGACUCAGUAGAGUUAGAACUACACACAAAUGUGUUCACUCUCGUAUCCACAAGACACACUAGUCACAUUCCACAUCACAAAAACACUAGAAAUUCAAAUCCAUGAGUCACAAAACGCUUGAUAUUUAGGCAGAGUCAUUCUGUAAAGGAAAUACAAUGGAUCACUAUUGCUUUAACUCAUG